AUGACUCCUCAGCAGCAGGACCUGAUUGGUUUGGUCUUGUUUGGAACUGCCAAAUGCAAUCCCAAAGAUAAACUGAAAAAUAUUUCACGUCCUCUGGAUCUUGCCCACCCAAAUGUGGAAUAUGUAAAACAGAUUGAUUUGAUUAUGAGUGAUACAAAUGCUGCAUCACUACAGCGAACUUACAGUUCACCAGAGCAGUGCUCACUUGCAGAUGCUCUUUGGUAUUGCAGCUCGUUGUUUUCUCAAAGUGGAAGUAACUUUGAAGAAAAAAGAACCCUGUUAUUUACGGAUGACAGCGAUCCUCACUCUACAGAUACCGAUCAAGCACACAAGGCACGAAAGAGAGCCAAAGAUUUGAAUCAACUGAACAUUUCACUUGAGUUGCUCCCAAUGGGGACCAAUUUUGAUUACUCAACAUUUUAUAAGGAGCUUGUGGAGAUUGUGAAUGGCUUCUCUGACACAGACGUUGAUGCCACAUCGAAGCUGGAAGAACUCCUUGUACGAGUUAAGAGGUUGGACUUCAGAACUAGACGCCAUGCCAAGUUGAAGUGGAAUUUGGGAAUGGGAGUUUCUCUAGGAGUCUCUCUGUACACGUUUUAUAGAGAGGCCAGUAUACUACCUAAGGAGCCUUUGUAUCGAGCUACGAAUGAGCCGUGUAUCACCAAACAGAAGGUGGCACUGUGCCGCAUGACCUCACGAUACAGAGCCGCCACAAAAUAUGUGUACCUUUUUCCC